GUGUGUAGUGUCCACUGGCAGCGAGACGGCAGUUGGUGGGGCUCUAUUAGAACAGCCCAUUCUGGGACUUUUUUUUUCUUUCACCCUUCCUUUAACUGGAGCUGACUUAUCAAUUAUUUCUUCCUGAAGACUUACUAAUUAAUAUAUCAGUUGAAACGUUACUAGCAGUGUCGUGUUAUUCAAUUAGGCAAACAUCUACAUUUGUAAGAUUUUAAAGACACAACACAAAAUGUCCAAAGCCGGAUCUUUAGCUGAAAGAAAGCUAGAGUCCAGUAUGGACCACUCCAAUUCUGCCAAAUUUCGAGCUGGUCGCUUACGUCUAAAGAUGCGCAUGCUCUCACACUUAGCCACUUCCACGAUUGCCAGUCAGCCUUCCUAUGUGGCCUAUGAGAACACAUACAAAAUGGUGUCAGACGAAGGGAAACAAUUCUCCGUCAAGAAAGCUGAAGAGGUCAUACUUGGUGUGUUUGGGCAUUACUUGACUGGGAAAACUUACGAUCCUAAAGUAUUUCCAAGACUGAGUAAGAAUCUAACAGAACUUAUUAGAGACAGAGUGAAAGCUUUGGGCAUAGAACGAUACAAGCUUUUGACAACUGUUACUUUAUUGGAGAACAAAUCACAGGGAGUACAACUGGCAAGUCGUGCGCUGUGGAAUCAACAACUGGACACUUUUGCGUCUGCCUCCUUUCAAGGACCAAAUUAUUUUGCUGUUGGCACUGUGUACGCCAUCUACCAUGAUUAAAACUUAUAUUUGAUAGAAUAUCAAACUAAAAGAGUCCAUUUUUAAAUGGCAAACAUUAAAUUGCUAACCGUUCAAGCACGCACAUUAUUUUUUGAAAUAUAUUCAAUUUUUAUGCUUUUGCAAGACAAGAGAAUGGCGCUAUUCAUGGGAGGUAACUUUUGGAUUCUAUUUUAUAAGAGUACUUAGCAAAAAUGUGUUUGCUAAAUAAAUGCGAUGUUAGCAAACAAGAUGAUUUGAUGGAGUUCCUAUAUCAUCUUACAUUCUUGAUGUAGGCCUAUACAUUUUUUUGUUCAAAAUAAAAAUGCUUGUCUGUAGAUCUAUGUACUUGCUGUUGUUCACCGUGAAAGUAAUGUUGAAAACGAUCUCUAUUGGAGAUUUUCAUGAAAAAGUGAACAAGGUUCAUUGAAGCUAAAUUGAACGUCAUUGUUGUCAAGUAAAAAAAAGAAUAAUAAUAUCUCAAUGCAAGGCAUUUGAUUACGUAGCAAAACUCCUUUAUUACCGCUAGUUAGUUGCCCAUUUGUCUUUUUUUUUUAAUUUAGAAAAUUUGAUUCUGCAGCGCGAUAUAAAAAAUUAUUAUGUAGGCUACUUUUUAAAAAUACACAUUAUCAACACAUACUUUCUUGUGUACACUGAAUAAGUUACAACAAAUUAUUUAAAGUUUUGUCCAUUUUUCACAUGUAGGCUCUGAAAAUCUCCAAAAAAAAAAAAAAAAAACCGCUGAUUUCAUGAUUCUUAAUAUUCCGUUACAAGUGUGAUUUUUAUAUGCUAUUCAUAAAGUUAAUUUGUAGUUGUUUUUAUCAGAUAAUAAAGGUAUUUAUAUUUUACUCCUCUGAA